GUUCACAUUUUGAUAAUGUGACAGUUGUAUUUUGUAUGUAAUCUGUGGGUUACAACACUUUCUCCCCGCGCACCUCAACAAAUAAACUCGGGUCUAUGAAAAUGAGAAGUUUUAAAACUUGAUGUUCUAGUAAAUUAUAUCAGUUGAUAUUUGUUAAUUUUGGAAAAAUGAAGUGUGACGCUUUGUUUGUGUGUUCUUUAGUAUUAUUAUUUGUGAUACGAGAUGCAACUUGUUUAAAUAAAAGAUGCAUCGGGUGUAGGUCUCGAGGAGAGCUUGGCACGUGCGGGGAUCCAUUUCCGUUUAAUGUGACGGAACCUGAAGCGGAAGUCGGGAUCCAUGUGGUGGCCUGUCCCUCUGGAUGGUGUGGCAAGCUGAUUCAAGGCACUACAGGGACAUUCAGAACUGAUGAUUAUGGAGCAGUAACUGAGAGGAUGUGUCUCCAAAGACCGCCAAGUGAUUAUGAAGAAAGAUGCGCCUACACAAUGUGGAACCGCAAGAAGGUGUACAUGUGUUUCUGCAAUGGAGACCUCUGUAAUUCUUCAGGGACCCUUGUUUCAUUCCCAUUCACAAUAUUAGCUUUAUUAGCUCUCUACAAGUAUGUUGCUUGACAUCUAUACUAUUACAUUAUAAAAAUAUCAAAUAAUGCUCAAAAAUGUGACUUUGGAACUCAUGGUAUGUACACAAAUUCAAUGAGAAUUUAAAUUUUAAUAUAAAUUUUAAGAAUAUGUUAUAUGUUUGUAGAAGUUUAUAGUGGUAAACUACAUGUUUAUGUAUGUAUAGGCAUUGUACUUAGAUCUGUAUAUUUUUAGAUUAUUUUUGUAGGGAAAUUAUUUACAGCUUUAUUAUGCUUCCAUAUAUUAGUUGAUUGUAACAUUUUUCUGUAUGUAUAGUAUUUUUAUGGAAUUUAGAGUAAUUAUUUCUCAUCACAACUAUUGUCAUUAGAGAUGACAAUAAUCUGGUGGUCAAUGUAUGUCCCUGUCCUCUAUGUUGUGGAUACUGGAUUGACUUUAAAAUAGCAAAUACACUUACACUAUGAUAACAUUGUGCCAAUGACAAACAUUUUCAUUCAUACAAAUAAUAGUGUCUGUGUUUAACUAAAUUAUGGUUUAAUUUGUGGAAUACAGUAAUUACUUGAAGGAAUAUGUCUGGAAAAUAACUAUCUAUUUAAAAUUUAUUAUUAAAUAAUUACAUUGAAUGUGCAUUCAGGCUAUAAGUUUUAGUCUAGACUGCAUAUCUACUUGUUUCCCUUUGGACAUAAGUCAUUAAAUAAAAAUUUUACUGCUGUCAGCAAGAUUUAUAAAAAUUAGAGAUUACAAUGUGAACACAGUUGUACUUUCAAUCAAUAAAAAAAUGAAAUACAUUCAGUGUAAGAACAGUAUCAAAACACAUUGUGUUAAUGAUACAAAUGCUGUUUCUGUAAAAUAUUGUUUUCCAAAUUAAAGUAAGAUUGAGUA